AUGCAGAAAACCAGUAGAAGCAGUGACAGUAAAGUAGGGGGGAAGAAGGGAGGAAAGAAGGGAGGGAGGGAGAAAGGAAAGAAGGAAGGAAGGAAGGAAAGGAGAGGAAGAAUGAGGAGGUUGCCACAUUUUGGACGACGGGUAUUGGUUAUGCGUGCGUUGUUGUUGGCGAUAGUUGGUGAUGCUGUUGGUGCUGUUGCAGCCGCCGGUGGUGGUGGUGGUGGUGGUUUUCAAGCAGCAAUUGCAGCAGCAGUAAACAACAGACCACAAUGA